AUGCCCGCGACUCUCAAGUUCCAAGACAUCACCGUCCCUGUGCCGGGCUUCGGCGCGAUGGGCUUCUCGCAGAGCUACGGCCCUGCCGACGACACCGUUUCCAAGAAGACACUGGCGCACGCGAUCGACAUUGGCUGUACUUUCUGGGACACGGCCGUCGUGUACGGCAAGGGCCACAACGAGACGCUCAUUGGCGAGGUGCUGCGCGACCUCAAGGCGCGGGACAAGGUGUUUGUCGCGUCCAAGUGCGGCUUUGACUGCAUCGGCUCGUCUGAGAAGCUUGGCACAGUGACAAACAAGCCCGCCCACAUCGCCGAGUACAUUGAGGGCUCGAAGCAGCGUCUCGGGUUCUACCCCGACCUGUACUACCUCCACCGUAUCGACCCGUCCACGCCGCUCGAGGACAGCAUCCCGGCGCUGAACAAGCUCAAGACGGACGGCAAGGUCAAGUACAUUGGCCUGAGCGAAUGCAGUGCCGCGACGCUGCGCAAGGCGUGUGCGAUCGCGCACAUCGACGCGCUCCAGAUCGAGUACUCGCCGUGGCACACCGACCACGAGGACAACGGGCUGAUCGACGCGGCGCGCGAGCUGGGCGUCACGAUCAUCGCGUACAGCCCGCUCGGGAAGGGGAUUUUGUCGGGGCAGUACCGCUCGCUCGACGACUUCCCCGCCGACGACAUCCGGCGCACGAUCCCCAGGUUCCACGGGGACAACUUUGCCAAGAACCUGCGGAUCGUGGACGAGUUUGCAAGGCUCGCGUCCAAGAAGGGCUGCACGCCGAGCCAGCUCGCGCUGGCGUGGGUCGUGGCCCAGGGCGCUAUUCCGAUCCCGGGCACCAAGACGGAGGGACGGCUCGACGAGAACUUUGGCGCGCGGAACGUCGAGCUGAACGAGGCCGAGCUCAAGGAGCUGCGCGUGUUGAUCGACACGGCCAAGCCGGUCGGUAAUAGAUACAGCGACGCUCACAUGGCCAUGGUGGGGAAGUAGGCGGGAAGGAG